UGAGGCCCCGGUCCGGUCUUUUGCCACAUGGCCGGGAGGACGGUCACCUGCAGGACACUUGACAGGAAAGUUACUAGCACACUUAACUGAAAUUCACUUGGUUUGCGUGCACUCAAUCUAGGAAAAUAAAGUAGAUCCACCUGGCGUAGCACCGGGGACAGAUUACCCAGGGGCCCAAGGCCGGGGGAUGGCUGGAAAGCCUGGAAUUAGUGUUUACGAAGUAAAUAGUGUCAUAACUUCAGUUAGAAGUUGGCUGAAUUCAUCGGAUGAGAGACUGAACGAUGUAUUUCCAAAAGUGGUGGCGGCACAGCUUUGAAUGAAUCUUCUCAGCACGAGAAUGUGUUUGCUUAUCUGCUGACCAGUAACUUUGUGGUGUCUUUACCCUCAAGAAAGUAAAGAGAAAAGAGAGAAAAGAAAGAGAUUAAAAACACACCAAGGGGAAAACGACUUCUUGAAUUUCUUUCAAAAGACAGGCGAGCUAGCUAUUAGCAAACUCCUACUACGACAGCUAGCUAGCAGCUACCUAGCUGAGAUCGACACAGCUGCUAUUGCUAGCUAGCUAGCUAACAUUUACUGCCUGAAUGUAGUAGGUGUUAGCUAGCUAGUUAUUCCCUGGAAAAUUGUUUGUUUUUUUUAAAGGCCCUAUCUCACAAUGUUAAAGAAAGUGAUAAAAUAAAAAUCCCUAGAUCCGCCCCUUUGUCCAGAUUCACCCCAAAAUGUAAUGGCUUUUUUUUCUUGACCCAUGUGACAUCCUCCCACCAAGUGUCAUAUCAAUCUGUUGACAAUCAAGCAGAACCUCCUUGGUGCAGUUCCGACAAACAGAAGAUUCAGUUCAGUGGGCCACCUCACAGCUGGAGUCUGCCCGUCUCGUGUCUGCUACCUGUAGUCUCCGGUGCGUUACAGAAGAAUGUUCCAUCUUGAUGUCAGGGCUCCUCCAGAUGUUCCGCUGCCUGGACCCGUGUGAGUCUGCGCAAUGGGCGCGCGUCAAGUGAGGGGGACCAAUAGCGCGCCUUCGACAACGUGGCUGAAGAACUAUGGCUACCUGCUGCCUCACGACGUGCGCACGUCGGACCUGCGGCAGGAGAAAGCCAUGCAGUCGGCCGUGGCGGCCAUGCAGCGCUUCUACGGCAUUCCUGUGACGGGGGUCCUGGACGAGAAGACCAUCGAGUGGAUGAGGAGACCUCGCUGUGGCGUCCCAGAUCAUCCGCACACCAGCCGCCGACAGAGGAAUAAACGCUAUGCCCUGACGGGGCAGAAAUGGAGAGAUAAAAAGAUCUCCUACAGCAUAUCCAACUUCACCCCUAAAGUGGGGGAGAAGGACACCCAGAGAGCGAUCCGACAGGCCUUCAAUGUGUGGCAGACGGUCACUCCGCUUUCCUUCCAGGAGGUGCCGUACGCCGAGAUCAAAAACGAGGGCAAGGAGGCGGACAUCAUGAUCUUCUUCGCCUCUGGUUUCCAUGGCGACAGCUCUCCGUUUGACGGGGAGGGGGGUUUCCUAGCCCACGCCUAUUUCCCCGGCGCCGGCAUCGGAGGGGACACGCACUUUGACUCCGACGAGCCCUGGACUCUGGGCAACGGCAACAACGACGGUAACGAUUUGUUCCUGGUGGCGGUUCACGAGUUGGGUCACGCUCUGGGCCUGGAGCACUCCAACGACCCCAGCGCCAUCAUGGCUCCUUUCUACCAGUACAUGGACACGCACAACUUCAAGCUGCCUCUGGACGACCUGCAGGGCAUCCAGAAAAUCUACGGUAUCCCCACGGCCAUGCUGGAGCCCACGCGGCCGCUGCCCACGUUACCCUCCCGACGGCCGCACUCCGGCUCCGAGCGCAAGCACUCGCGCCCGGCGCGUCCGCCCGGCGACCGGCCCGCGCUGCCCGGUAACGGCAAGCCCAACAUCUGCGACGGCGACUUCAACACCGUGGCCUUCUUCAGGCGCGAGAUGUUUGUCUUCAAGGACCGCUGGUUCUGGCGUCUGAGGAACAACAAGGUGCAGGAGGGCUACCCCAUGCAGAUCGAUCAGUUCUGGAAAGGCCUGCCGCCCCGCAUCGACGCCGCCUACGAGAGAUCUGACGGCAAAUUCGUCUUCUUCAAAGGCGACAAGUACUGGGUGUUCAGAGAGGUCACGGCCGAGCCGGGUUACCCUCACAGCCUGGUGGAGCUGGGCAGCUGCCUCCCCAAGGACGGCAUCGACACGGCGCUGCGCUGGGAGCCCGUCGGGAAGACCUACUUCUUCAAGGGGGACCAGUACUGGCGCUACAACGAGGAGAAGAGCACCGCCGACCCGGGAUACCCCAAACCCAUCACUGUGUGGAAGGGAGUGCCGGAUGCACCGCAGGGGGCGUUCAUCAGCAGGGAGGGCUACUACACCUACUUCUACAAGGGGAAGGAGUACUGGAAGUUUGACAACCAGAAGCUGACGGUGGAACCCGGAUAUCCAAAGUCCAUCCUGCGCGACUGGAUGGGCUGCGACCUGACGGACCUGGAGCGCUCGGGCAGCAACGGCAACCGCGGUGACCGCCAGCUGCCCCUCGACGACGUGGACAUCAUGGUGACGAUCAACGACGUGCCGACAACGGUCAACGCCAUCGCCGUGGUGAUCCCCUGCAUCCUGUCACUGUGCAUCCUGGUGCUGGUGUACACGAUUUUCCAGUUCAAAAACAAAGGUGUGCAGCAGAACACCAUGACACAGCACUACUACAAAUACCCCGUUCAGGAGUGGGUAUGACAGGCCACGUUUCCCAGGAAGAGGUCAAAGUUGACGCAUGGAGUGGUUGUCAUAUUGUUAGCUAGCUAAUGUUGGCUAAUGGACAAGAACACUAGCAAAGUACAGUGGAAAGUCAAUCCCGAAAGACACUAAUUGGCUAGGGACUCAUGUCUGUAUUGUGACACUAGCACAGGAAGAUAAGUGACUUUGUCUUUUUAAGGAUGAGCAAAGCAAAUAGUGUGAACAAAUCUGCAAAUAGGAGGAUCGGAAACAGCAGAUUCUUCAGUCUCGCCCAUCCGACUUUCGAGUGAAACGUGGUCUCAUGAAGCGAUACUGAACUUUGGCUUCUGGGAGCCACGACACGCUGCUCUGCUUCUCAGUGGAAAUAAGAUAACAGGAAGUGGAAGAAAGGCAGAGUAAACCUCUUCUGCUUCGGACAACAGCAGCUUGUAGGCGUGAACUUCUUCAACUAGUGAGUCGGAUGAAAUUUAAUCCCAAGAAAAAAAAAGAUAUGAUUAAAAAAACUAAACUUUAAACUUGAAAAUAAAUGUAGGUAGAAAGGCCAUAACAAAAAGAAAACCAAUGAUCUCUUCGCGGAUUAAUUUAUUUUCAGUUGUUUGGGUAUGUAAAACUGUCAAAGAGGACCCUUUUCUCUCUUUUAUCACCGCAUAGUACAAAAACCAUCUCCAUUAAUUCAGAUCUUGAUCAACUUUCCCUCCCUGAAUCAAACAAAAGCUGUUGAUUUAAACAGCCUGAACCGAUGCUGUCAGUAGAAUAGUGAGUCAUCAGCAUACAGCGAUAGAAAAGACUGACGACAGUCCAACAGACUUCUCAGCAGACUCAACACGUCUGCUCAUAUUUAACAUGCGUACAAUUAGAGCCUGUAUUAAUCAAGCUGCUAAAAGUAAAAUAAUAAUAAAACUGAAAUAACUUUUACUACCACUAGCAAACUUCCGUGUGAAAGAGAUCUCCAAAACUAUUCUCAAAAGAGGACUGCACACACCUUUUGAAAAAUGUUUUCAUUAAUUGUACAAAAUAUGAAAAUGAUGAAAACUACGUCAGAUAAAAAAAAAUGGUGGUAAUUUGAUCCCACUGUUUGCAUUUUAAUCUUAUGUCUAAUUGGAUGAUACACCACUGGAGGUUUUUUUUUUUCUCAGAAUUUGGUUUCAAUUUCAAACAAUUGUUUAAUUCCUAUUUAUAUACAGUAUUCUAAAUAUAUAUCAUUGUUAAUUUUACAUGUUUAUAGCUAUUUGAGAUAUCAAGGAUUUCACACAAAUAAAAUUAACCUUUUGAACAAUUAAAAUCACAUAUGUUUUUGCAGAAUGAUACCUUUUUUUUUUUUAGUGAACAGUAUGGGAGGUCUAGGGUAAAUCCUUGUGUCUGAUUGGCUCUUACUGCUCUGAAGAUGAAAUGUGAUGAACAUAACUCGACGUUACAUUGUUGUAAGUAGGAGUAAGUUAUUUGAUAAAUGUGUCUUAAUGCUCACGGAACCUUUCUAAAUCACAUUUAAUUCACAAUCACACAUAAGCUUUUUUUUAUAAUGCGUUUUUAUUUUUUAUUAUAAUGUAUUCUUAUGAUGUGGGAAUUCCGAAUUUCUCAGAUGAAAUUUCCAAUUUCCAACCUCCAAAUGUUGCUGGAGCGCAACACCAAACCUGAACAAAUAAAAAAACUGGCUGACCAGCAGUUUGUUUUUUGGCUAAUGAUCAGACAAUAUAACCGCCAUCAGUGCAGCCUCCAAAUGUUUUCUACAUUUCUUGUAUUUUUAACAUUAACGCGACAAAAAUGUGAUUACAUAUUAGGACCUGUCCACAUUGACGUCAUCAGUUUACAUGCAGAAUGUUUUAUUAAAUACAGGCGGAUGUACUCGAGGUUGCCUUUGAGUUGACGGUUUACCAUUUUCAUCUUACGCCUUUGUGGAUGCUGCCGUUGUUGUGUGACAUCCUCCGGCUGCUUCUCCGUGAAGUCGGGGGUAGAGACGGAUUUGCCCACGAGGAAGAGAACUUCCGACCUCCAUUGCACUUCAUCUGGUGGAGGAAGAUCGUAAAAUCACGACUUCCCCGAGUUGCCUGGAACGCAGCGUUUAUCGCCGUUUUUAUUAGCGGUUUGAUAAUUUACGAGCCUGGAGCUGAGCUAGUUCGGUUAAUUUCGUUCCAAGAGUUUUGUCUUUGUCCUCAUUUUUUAUCUUUCCAGAGAAAGAGAAGAAAAAAAAACGGUGCUUGGAGGGGAAUUGUGGAUGUGCAGUGAAGGAGGAAAUAGAAAGGAACAAGUGAAAGGACCGAGAGGUAGAACGAGGCAUGUUUUGAAUAGAGGAGCGAUGGAGCGGUGGUGGGUGGUGGGUGCUCGGAGGAUGUGUGGGUGUGGAUUAGUAUGCUGGCUGUGGCACAGGAACAUCAACUGGACUCAGUGAAGUUACUUCUGUUCACAAAGCUCUAAUAGGGCAGCGCAUCCCUCGCUUUAACCCUCCCAAUGCCUUUUACUCACUGUCCUCCUGUAAUCGUCUCCGUCCGUCCUCCCGUCCUCCCUCUACACCGACCUCAUCAACAGCAUCCCACAAUUUCUUUUUAUCAAUACGCAAUUUGUAUCAUCUUCAGAAUCUGGAUUCUUUCGUUAUGAUUUCAUAAGAGCUUUUAGUGUUGGUUAAAUCUGAGGCUCGUCUCCGGCUUAGUCCAAAGUGCCAACAUUUUUUUUCCUCGUCUUUGGUUCAAAGUCGUCAACACACCUUGUGUUACAUUUUGCGUCAGUGGGGACACAUUAGGGUCAAACCUCUGUGCUUGACAGAAUUAUCGAUGGCUUAUGUAUUUGUUAUUUACAGCAAUUCAACAACCUAUAAAAAAAUAACCUAUGAUUCUAAUCGCUCAGCUACACGUAUGUUUCCACUUUCAAAAAAACAUAAAUUGAUAUUUAUUAUUCAAUCUUUAGGGGGGGAAAAAUUUUUAUUUUAUUUUUUUUACAUUUCGAGAAUAAAGUCAAAAUCUCGAAAUGUCGAGAAUAAAGUUGAAAUAUAAUAAAGUCUAAAAUUGUGACCCGGCAGCACUUUUCAGCCGCACCAAACAACCGGAUGUUGACGUUUUGUUCGCCAGUUUGCUAAGCUAACACUAGCUGCUAACCACGCUGGAAAGUUGCGAUAUUAUUAUUGGCAGGCGGAAUCUGGAAGAGACGAUGCGCUGACGACGGGCGUUUGCACGUGAACGUCAACUGUGUGUCCCGACACGAUGACGUUCGCUUAGCCAGCGUAGCUUCGCUAACGUUAGUUAGCGUGGAUGUGUGACAGCUGAACUGGAGCCACAACACGGACGUUUAGGGCUAUUUGAACUUUAAUCUCGACAUUUGGACUUUAUUGUCGGAGUGUUAAAUUCUUAUGCCUGGCCGUAAUACUCUUCCGUACCUUCAUAAUCCUGAGAAGUUGUAGUCUUUAAUCCACACUGUCCAUAUUUACAUGCGCAGGCAGCAGCGUGAUUGCAGAUGCCCCUUGAGAUUUCCAUUCAUACAUUUAAAAAAUGUGACACAACAUCUGCCCCCGUACGCCUCUCUCCGCCCCCCCCCCCCCCCC